AUGGUGUCUGGUCAGGCUGCGAGUGAUAGCGAGCCUGAGAGCUCCCCGAAGGAGAUUCCCGUCGUCGACUUUGCCAACUGGAAGCCUGGCUCCUCGCGAGAGGAACGGAUGAAGGUGGCCCAGGAAAUUGUGUCGGCAUGCAGAGACGUCGGCUUUGUGUACAUUGUGAACCACGGAAUGGCUCCUGAAAAAGUAGCUGAAGCAUUUGCCUGGUCGGAGAAAUUUUUUAAUCUCUCCUCAGAUGAGAAACAAAAAGCUCCUCAUCCAAGCGGUGCCUCGGUUCAUCGCGGAUAUUCGAGUCCCGGGCUUGAAAAGGUUUCGCAGGCAAUGAGCGACAAGGAGGACCCGGAGCUCGCAAAGAGACUGCGAGAGAUAACUGACUACAAGGAAAGUUACGAUAUAGGAAGCGAUGGAAAUCAGGAUCAGCCGAAUGUGUGGAUUCCUGAAGAGAUGCUGCCGGGAUUCCGCAGUUUCAUGACACAGUUCUACUGGGACUGUUUCGAAGUGACAAAAAAUGUCCUGCGGGCAAUCUCUAUCGGAAUUGGCCUGGAAGAAGAAGAUUAUCUGCUGAAGUUUCAUUCAGGGCACAAUAACCAACUUCGAUUGCUGCACUACCCUCCUCUCCCAGCGGCGUUGCUGGAGGAGCAAAAGUAUGCGCGUAUGCCCUCGCAUACUGAUUGGAGUACGAUCACGUUCCUAUUUCAAGAUGAGUGUGGCGGGCUAGAAGUUGAAGACAUUCGCAAUAAGGGUCGUUAUAUAGCUGCAACGCCAAUCAAAGAUGCGAUAGUUAUGAAUGUGGGAGAUCUCUUACAGAGAUGGAGCAAUGAUUAUCUCCGCUCAACUUUUCAUCGGGUUACGUUACCACCUCUCUCUGACCGCUACGAGGGGUUCAAUCGUAUGGUUCGUGGACGUUACUCCAUUCCCUACUUCACUGCUCCAGACCCUACGUCGGUUAUCAAAUGCCUUCCUUCGUGUGUGAGCGAGGACAAGCCUGCGAGCUAUCUCCCAAUCACCCAGCACGAUUAUAAUCGCCUUCGCGCAUCAACCCAUUAUGAAACUGCAGCUACCAAUACUGGAGGUGGCGCUGCGUAUUGA